AUGUUGGCCCGACAUCAUGGUGUCAAGUCGGGGUCGCGGCCGUGUGGGCCCGACAUCAUGGUGUCAAGACGGGGUCGCGGCCGUGUGGGCCCGACAUCAUGGUGUCAAGACGGGGUCGCGGCCGUGUGGGCCCGACAUCAUGGUGUCAAGUCGGGGUCGCGGCCGUGUGGACCCGACAUCAUGUUGGCCCGACAUCAUGGUGUCAAGUCGGGGUCGCGGCCGUGUGGGCCCGACAUCAUGGUGUCAAGACGGGGUCGCGGCCGUGUGGGCCCGACAUCAUGGUGUCAAGUCGGGGUCGCAGCCGUGUGGGCCCGACAUCAUGUUGGCCCGACAUCAUGGUGUCAAGUCGGGGUCGCGGCCGUGUGGGCCCGACAUCAUGUUGGCCCGACAUCAUGGUGUCAAGUCGGGGUCGCGGCCGUGUGGGCCCGACAUCAUGGUGUCAAGUCGGGGUCGCAGCCGUGUGGGCCCGACAUCAUGUUGGCCCGACAUCAUGGUGUCAAGUCGGGGUCGCGGCCGUGUGGGCCCGACAUCAUGUUGGCCCGACAUCAUGGUGUCAAGUCGGGGUCGCGGCCGUGUGGGCCCGACAUCAUGGUGUCAAGACGGGGUCGCGGCCGUGUGGGCCCGACAUCAUGGUGUCAAGACGGGGUCGCGGCCGUGUGGGCCCGACAUCAUGGUGUCAAGUCGGGGUCGCGGCCGUGUGGACCCGACAUCAUGGUGUCAAGUCGGGGUCGCGGCCGUGUGGGCCCGACAUCAUGGUGUCAAGUCGGGGUCGCGGCCGUGUGGGCCCGUCAUCAUGGUGUCAAGUCGGGGUCGCGGCCCAAGACGGGGUCGCAGCCGUGGGCCCGACAUCAUGGUGUCAAGUCGGGGUCGCGGCCGAGCUUUUCUGUUCAAGACAUUCGCCAUUUCUCUGCAAAUCAGCCAAGCAAAGCAAGCACGAUGUCGACAGAACAGCGGUCGUGGUGGAGGGAGGUGUGGAAGGUGCACAAGGAUAAAGAUGUGCGAGUUGAGUUUGCACUGCGGCGAAGGGAGCAGCAGCAAGGGGAUGAAGAUGAGCGUGGCCAGCAGCAGAGCAGGGCGGAGGCGGUCGAGGGUGAUGACGAUGUGUUGGGAGACUUGAUGGAGACCAACGGCGAGGUUCACGGAAACAUGUUUGGCGCACUCGGCUCCCGAUUUGAGCACGUGUGCCUGCACUUCGUGCUUCGUCCCAACAUCUGGCCGCACAACCAGGCCAUCGCGGAUCUGCCCCGGCUCACCCCAUUGCAGGUGCUGCGGUAUGGGCUUGGUGAGGGCGAUGACGAUGACGAGGAUGAUGAUGACGAGGAUUGGGAGGAUAUGGACGAAGAUGAGGAUUGGGACGACGAGAACGACGAUGAGUGGGAUGAUGAGAAUGAUGACAGCGACGAUGAUGGCUGGGACGAGGACGAGGAACAUGAGGAAGGCGAGGAGGAUGAGGGUGAAGAUGAGGAUGAUGACAUUGCGGACUUUGAAUUUGAGCGAGUGGGUGCCCAGGAUGGUGCUGGCAUUGCUGAUCUCUUGGCUGCUCAUGCAGCAGCACAACGACAGCGACAACAGCAAGACCAGCAACAACAGCAACAACAACAACAGCAACAACAACAACAACAACAACAACAACAACAACAACAACAACAACAACAACAACAACAACAACAACAACAACAACAGGAGCAGCAAGAACAACAGGAAGAUGGUCAGGCAGACCAACAGCAGCCACAGGAGCAGCAAGAGCAGCAAGAGCAAGAAGAAGGUGGGGAGCAGCUCGGCCAGCGCCAACGGCUGCUCAACGCAAUGCUGGCGAUGCUGCCCGAGGGCUUCCGCAACAUUGCGCGCCAGCGCGUGGCCGGGCUUGUAAACGCCGGUGGCAAUGACGAUGGUGAUGGCAAUGAUAAUGGUGACGCCCGCAACGACGGUGGAGACGAAGUGGGGGGUGAGUUUGCGGGCAUGAGUCGUCGGGAGCGUUGGCGUGCACUGCUGGGUCAGCGGGACGCCGCACAACAGCACGAGCUGCAGCAGCAAGACAUGAACACGUGGCAUGAGCGGCCGCCGUUGCUGUAUGUGGUGGGUGACAUUGACUGCCAGCACCUGACACAGCACGACGACGGGCGGGUGGUGCUUGAUAGCCUGUGGACCCCCGGCACGACCACGCUGGUUGAUCUGUUCUUGGCGCUGCAGUCGCUCCUGCUCACGCCACAGGACCACGGCCUGCUCGGCACCAGGGCACUCGUACUUGCAAGUACGACCGCGGAGUGCAGCACGUGCGGCCACGUAGGCAGUGUGCCGGAGAGGUGGAGGCCGCAGCCGUCGGAUGCGCGCCACCUGGGCACGCCCCCAGCACCAGACACGGGCGCGCUGGACAAGGAGGAUGCGCUGCUCGCUGGCGACGAGAUUGUGACGAUUGACGGCAUUGUAACGCAGGCCGAACGCCAGGCCAUCCUCGAUGACAUCAAGUGCUAUGUCACCCUGGAGACGAUGCUGGACAGCGAGCCAGGGACGGUGUUUGGGUUUGGGCUGACCGUCGACUACUUCCACAACGGCGUUGUGCGCGGCAUCACGUCCCCCUGCGAGUACAUGACGUGGGAUGCGUUUGAGGGCGGUGCACGACGUGGCAUGUACAAGCUGCCGCUCAUGGCGUUUCUCCCGCUGUACCUCACUCGCGAGCACGCCGAGCGCGCGUACCCUUUGCUGGAGUACAUGCUCAACCGCCUGUCGCACACGGUGAGCGACUGCCCCGUGCCGGGCAUCAACCACUAUGUGCCGAAGCCAGACAAGCUGCGCACGCUCGCCAACAUGCUCAACUCGACUGUCGUGUCUGCAAUGAAGGCCGAGGCCGAGGGCAGCACGGAGCAAGCGCGGCGGCGCGAUGUGCUGGCCCAGCCGCUCUCCCUUCGCCUGCUUGAGGGCUUCCACCAGAUGGUGCGCGUGGUCAAGUUUGUUCUGGACAACGACCCGCCACUGCAGGCGGAGCUGGACGCGAUGAUGGACCGGUUUGUGUCGGCGCCCCCGGAGCAGCGCACCAAGGCGCACUUCCGCAACCUUGGCGAGCUGCUGGCCCUCGUCCCCUUCUCGCGCUUCCGGUGGGAGGACAUUAUCGAGGCGUAUGUGCAGGAGAGCAUGGUGCGCGGGGUGCGGUGGUACGUGGAGGAGCACCCACAGCUGCUUGACGAGGACUUGCCUGCGGACGAGCGGGCCAGCCUGGUGUUUGCGGCCAUGCGUGUGUCGCGGACGCUGCUGUGCUUCCAGGCGUUUUUCGUGCGGAAUGUGGCGCAGCGGGCGUCGUUUGACGACGUGCUGUUCAGCAGCGAUGCGCGGUGUGGGCGGCUGCCGUCCUCGCUUGCUGGGGAGAUGAUGAGCAUGACCCGCCAGGUGCACGCGCACCAAACCUGGAACGACUACUUCAACUUUAUUGGCCACCCGCCCACGGACGCCGAUACGCUCCAGGCCAUGCUUCUCUCUGCCCUCCGCAGCUCCCAGCAGCUCGGCUACCACUCCACCUGAUCCUCUCUAUUCAUGUUGUUGUUCUCUCUCUCUGUGUGUGUGUGUGUGUGUGUGUGUGUGUGUGUGUGUGUGUGUG